CAGUUGACUAAUACACCUUGCACAAAAAGGAUCAUUCUUACUGCUGUGACAGACCCAAGUUAAAAACACGACUAAGUAUGGCUAGCCCAUCUAUUCCUGGACCAAUUGUCAGGCAACCAUCAUCUCCUGCCUUGGUUGGAACCGGAGAGAGAAGGGCACAGAUGGAAACAUCGUUUGACGAGGACAGACAACCAUCAAUCCAAGUAAUGGACAGUUUGGAACAUUCGAUAGACGAGGACCAAGAAGGAUCUAGUGAUAAGAAAAAAAUAAAAACAAAACGCAAUUCGAUUCGUAUUAUCAUUACCAGGAUCUUCUCAGCAAUAUUAAUUAUUGCAGACUGUGUUUUUGACUGGUUGCAGUAUUACCAAAUUAUUACAACGCCGUUAGAUAUUAUAUCCGAAAUUAUAGCUGAUGACGAAGAUUCGCAAAACAACGCUUAUUCAAAUAACAACUACCCAUUCAACAACUACCCAUACCGCAACUACCCAUACCGCAACUUCCCAAACUACAACUACCAAGGUUUCCAGCGAGGAAAUGCUUUACAACAAACGACUGAACCACCAGCAUCGAACAGCACUUUGUUUUGCAUAAGUGAUGUUGGUGAGAUUUUCAUGUACUUUACAAUAGCGGGUACAGUUCUAUCGUUAAUCCAACUGGCAAAUAUUAUCUUUCAAAUUUACAGCGAAGUUGAGUAUCUUAAAAAGAAAAAGCAAUUUAGUGAAGAUAACGAAGAAACUCCUAAAAAAAUACUAGAUGGUAGGACAGAAACUCUUUAUUCCGUACUAUUCAUAGAAAUACCGCAAGGAAUUCUUCUCCUUAUGUACCAAGAUGCAUGCCUACCGAGUGUUGGCAAAACUUUAAAGUGUAAACGUCUCAAACAGCGUACUUGGGCUGUCGUUAAUGGUGGUAUUGCACUUUUGAACAAUGCCUUUCGUUAUAUAACAUGCUCUAAAUGUUGCGAAGAAGACAUUGAAGACUCAACAUGCGGAUGGUGUCGUGUCGCUUGUGGAAAGUAUAUGGAUUGUAUUAGCAGCGCUAGAGAAAAAUGUGUUGUUUGUGCUGGCAGCUAUAAACCAAAGUCCAAAAAGCCAAAAAAAUCCAUUGAUUGUUUUAGUUGUUUUAGUGGCGCUGGUGGAAAGUGUGGUGGUUCUUUUUGGAGUCUCCUUACAUGCUUCUUUCCGUGUUUGUGCUUUUUUUCCCGAUACGAAUCCCCCAUGUUGUGUGGCAUUUGUGGAAAGAAAUGUAUCAUUGAUAAGUGUAAAUGCUCUACUGAACCGUGGUCCUACAAGCUUUCCGUAUGUGGAUUCUGUUUUUGCCACUACUGCCCACUUGUUGACCCAGAUGAUCCCGAAGGUGGUGGACAAAAAUGCUGCGAUGUCACAGGUGGAAGUUUGUUUAAAAGAUACGAAUGCCCCAUGUUGUGUUGUCUUUGUGGAAACAAAUGCGUCAUUGAUAAGUGCAAAUGCUCUACCGAACCAUGGUCUUACAAGCUUUCUUUGUGUGGACUCUGCAAUUUCCACCUCUGCCCACUAAUGGACCCUGAUGCCGAGGGAGGAGGACAAAAAUGCUGCGAUGUAACCAGUGGACUUUGUAAAUGUUCAGACGGAACUUGCUUCGAUGGGACAAUUGGAUUUUGUGAGUGUUCAAUUGGAAAAUGCUGCGAUACGACAGGCGUGAGUUGCAACAGUUCAGACGGAAAAUGCGCUGUGACAAUCGGAUGUUGCGAAUGGUCCACCGGAAAUUGCUGUGCAGGACAAGGGACUUGUUUGAAGUGUCCAGAAAGAAAACCCAGAGAACCCAGCAAUGGAUGCAAAUUUUUUGACGGAAAAGGCUGCGAUGAAUACAAAUGUGAUGACCCAAGCGAGUGUUUUAAAUCUGCAUAUGGAAAAUGUUGCGGUGGUUCAGACGAUUUAAUGAAAUGUUCAAACGCAUGUUCUAAUCCUUUUGAUUAUGAACCUCUCGCAUGCAACGUCCGACUUGCACUUAUUGUUAAUAUUGGUUAUUUGGUAUUGUUCUUUUAUAUCGUGCUUAGAAUGUUAUGUAUUCUGCAGAAGUUUCCUUCGCCAGAGAAAACAAUUAGUUUGUCUGAUUUGUAUUCUGCAUAUGGAUAUUGAUCAUCAAUUUUGUGAAAUGCUUCACAAAAUAUUUCGUAUCAGUAUUUUUAAAUAUGUGAUUACUGACACAGCUGCAUUUUUUUUUAUCUAUAUUCCUUCAUAAUCAUCACUAAACAUAUAUUUAUCUUUUUAACAAAAAUAGAAAUAGGGCAUAUGAAAACUUUGAAAAAAUCUACCUGGUAGUCACCAUAUGUAUUUCUAUGUAUUUUUGUUUCUGUAUAAACAUCUACAGCGA